AUGGCACAAGAGUCUAGAUCUGAUAGCCUGGAGGAAAGACUCAAGAGCCAUGCUAGAUCAUUUGAUGGCCUCCUCUCUUUGAUUCCUGCCAAGUACUAUUACGGAGAAGACAACAGUGACCAAUGGCAGAGGAAAAAGCAAACAAAAGAAGAGGCACGAGCUGCUAAGCGUGCAAAGCUUGAUCCGGACAACGCAAAGAGUGCAAAAGAUGUGUUAGAUGAGCAAGCCACAAAAGCUCGGAAAAGGAAGCGAGAAGAGGAGGGCGAGGUUUCAGAAGUGGAUGAUAUGGAGGUCGAGAAGCCGAUACCCAGUUCAGUCAAGAAAGGUAAUCAGACGAAGAAGCAGAAGAGGGAGGAGAAGGAAACAGCCAGUGAUCGCGCCGAACGGAAGCCGGUCAAUGACACUGCAGUGGAUGAGUAUGAACCAGAUCCCGAGACCCUGAGAAAAGCUACGGCAGAGAAGAAGAGGCAGAAGAGAGAACAGAAGAAGGCUAAAGAGAAUGGAAAGGCUGCAAAGGCGAAAGCGAAGAAGGAGAGAAAGGCACAAGAGGCUGCGCUUGAGGAAGACUCUAAAGAUGCUGCAGCCGGUGCAGACUUUAGCGAUGAGGAUUACGAGGCCGUUCAGAAUGCGGUGAUUGAUCGGAUUGAGAUGGAAAACAUCACAGACGAACCACAGAUCGAUCUUUCAUCUACAGCUACACCGUCGACAAGCCACUCUCCUGCCUUCGACGCUUCAGCAAACCACUCGGGCUCCUCCUCCAUCUCCUCAAUCGCACUUCCCACCGCAAGAGAAGACCCUCAACCCGCAAAGCCGUUACAUGAAGAACCACAAGAAGAACCACAGGAACCAAAAUCCACCCCUGAAGAUAUCAAGGCUCGCUUCGCAGCCCGCAUCGAAGCCAUGAAACGAGCCCGCAACGCCGACGGUCUCAACGGUGCACCCGCUCGCAAUCGACAAGAACUAAUGGAAGCUCGCCGCCAAAAAGAAGAGCAACGGAGAGCCCAGAAGAAGGAGUUGCGUCAAAAAGCCAAAGAAGAAGAGCGGCGGAAACGCAACGAGACCCUAGCUCGCGGCUCUCCACUCCUUUCAGGGUCGCCUCUGCUCUCCCCAGAUUCACCUCUUAACGCACCCUCAUCACCAACCAGCAACCUCGCCUUCAGCCGUGUCGAUUUCGCCGACGGCCAACAUGCCUCCGCCAAUCUGAAUGCCAUCAUUGAGUCAAAGACCAAGCCAAAAGGCCCAUCAGAUCCCCGGACCGCACUUCUAGCGGCCCAGAAGAAGCAAUCCCGCCUCAACGGCCUCGAUGAGAGCCAAAGGGCCGACCUGGCGGAGAAAGACACGUGGCUCAACGCUCGUAAGCGAGCGCACGGUGAACGUAUACGCGAUGAUACCUCUCUGCUCAAGAAAACGCUGAAGCGCAAGGAAAAGCAAAAGAAAAGGAGCUCAAAGGAGUGGAAUGAACGGCUCGAUGGCGUGAAGAAAAGCCAGGACAUGAAGCAGAAGAAGCGAGAGGCCAAUUUGCAGAAGCGGAAAGAAGAGAAGGGGAAGAAAGGUGGAAAACCGGGUGCGAAGAAAGGGAAAGGGAAACCCAAAGGAAGGCCAGGAUUUGAAGGAAGUUUCAGAGCCAAGGCGCCGAGUGGAGGAGCGGACGGCGGGAGGAGAAGGUGA